AUCACCCGUGGGCAACCAAAUCCCUACGUAGAUUAUAGGCUAAGACAAAAAGGAACACCCUCUUUUAACUCUUUUGAAAUAAGAAUCCACAAAAGCAAUGAUAUGAGAUUUAUGGACGUUGAAGAUGACACAAUUGUAUAACAAAUAUACUCUACUUUUUGAGCAUCUUCAUAACAACAAUAGCAACAAAGUUGAUCCAUCACAAGACAACUAACUAUAGGCUUUUAACUUAGAAUUUCAAGGAAAGAUGAAAGUCUCUAUAAAGUAAGUGAAAAUUAAGAAUUUGGGUCAUGACUAUUUAUUAAUCAAACCUUUUUCAUAUUCUUUUUUAUUAGCCAAACCUAUUGAAUUCUAAUAAUUAGCCAAAUGUUAACAUUCAGUUAGCAAUUUUGUUAGUAUUAUUGACUUGGCAACAUGAUACUGACUUGGAAGAGACACAUGAAGGUCAACAUUUCAAAAUUUUAGUAUUUUAACUAAGAAAAGAGUUACAAAAUUAUUAACGAUAGCAUAAAAAUGGCUAAUACUUUGACAUGUUACAAAAUGUUUGGCUAAUUCUUAGUAUUUCAACAGAUUUGGCUAAAAUAAAAGAAUCCGAAAAAUGUAUGGGCAAUAAAUAGACAUUACCCAAAAAUAAAUAUGCGGAAUAUUUUUCAAAUCUAUAGAAGAAUAAUCACUCGAGAAACUUGUCAUCUAUGUUUGCAGCCUUUGUACUAAUUUUAAAUCUCUUACUAGCAAGCAUAUCUAUUGUUAUUGGACUCUAAUUAUAUAUGAUGAUAUCGCAGUCAAUGGUUCAUCAGGUGAACCAAUUAUUGAAAGAGUUGGACCGCUUGGGGAAAGGGAUAGACCACUUGAUGGAAGUGGUAUACCGUUUUUUUGUAUAGUGGAAGAGGUUGACCGUUUGUUGAACAUAGCAAAAUGAAAAAUUCCAACAAUGAGAUCGACCAUGUCAAUAAAGAUGUCGACUGUUUUGUCCAAAUAGAUCAACCAUAUCAGUGAACAAAUCGACCAUUUUGUUCAAGUCACAGUAACUUGCAAGUCAACAUAGUCCGUAGCAAAAUCCUAACUUUUGUUUCUACCCUUGCUCCUUUUAACUUUCCCCCUCUAUUACUUCCUUUAAUUCUUUUUUCAAUAAAGUAUCUCAAUUAUUAAAAAAAUGAUGUUUUUUUUCCCCAAUAGAUAACCAAAAAUGAUGUUGUUAAAUGCAUCCAUAUUGUAAAGCAUGGAAAAAAAUGAUCAAACUUGGGAGAAAUUAUUUGACUGAUUGGGGGAAUAUUAUUAGGGAGAGCGUAAUCCAGUCUCCUCGUCGCCCACGGACACAAUGGAUAGAAGAAGAAACAACCACCCAUCUUCUCACUGUCUUCUUCCACUCCUCUCUUUCCCCCUUUCUCUUCUUCUCCUCCUCCUCCUCCUCCUUCUUCACUCUCCGCUCUCUUCCAAUUCGGCUUCCACACCAGAAAUUGUCGGCUAUGGCUACUCCCUCGGAUCCGUUUCCGUUGACCUACCCAGUCACUCGCUGACCGCCGAUCUCAAUCUUAUCCAGAGCUCCGACGUCUAUGGACCCGAUAUUCCCACUCUCACCCUCUCCGCCUGCUUCGAGACGGAUGAGCGAAUUAGAAUCCGAAUUUCGGAUCCCGAGAACGCCAGAUGGGAAGUCCCCGGCGAAAUCAUCCCCCGUCCCUCCGCCGGGAAGCCACUCUCGACCGGUCAUUCACCGGCGAGCGGCCGCCGGGUGAUGCUGGAGGAGACCGGGCUACUCUCUCACCCAAAAUCGGACCUCGUCUUCGCCAUACAGAAAACGGAGCCCUUCGGAUGCGCCGUCUCCCGCAAGUCCACCGGCGACGUCCUGUUCGACGCCUCCCCCGAUGGCUCCGAUCCCGGCAGCAGCUUCCUCGUCUUCAAGGACCAGUACAUCCAGCUGUCUUCUUCACUCGCUGGGGACCGAUCUUCGAUCUACGGCCUCGGGGAGCACACCAAGCCCAAUUUCAAGCUGACCCACAACCAGACGUUGACCCUCUGGAACGCAGAUCUCGCCAGCGCGUCUCCCGACGUCAAUCUGUACGGUUCCCACCCCUUCUACAUCGACGUUAGGUCGCAAUCCGCCGAUGGGAAAUCGCCGGCGGGAGCCACUCACGGUGUGCUGCUACUGAACAGCAACGGGAUGGAUGUGGUUUAUACAGGGGACAGGAUAACGUACAAGGCAAUCGGCGGGAUUCUAGACUUGUACAUCUUCGCCGGCCCGUCGCCGGUGGAGGUGAUUGAUCAGUAUACUAAGCUCAUCGGCCGCCCUGCUCCGAUGCCGUAUUGGUCCUUUGGGUUUCAUCAAUGCAAAUACGGGUACAAGGACGUGACGGAGCUGGAGGAAGUGGUCGCCGGUUACGCCAAAUCAGGGAUUCCUCUGGAAGUGAUGUGGUCGGAUAUCGAUUACAUGGACGCUUACAAGGAUUUCACUCUGGAUCCGGUCAAUUUCCCAGUUCUUCAGAUGAGGAAUUUCGUCAACAAGCUUCACCAAUUCGGUCAGAAGUACGUCGUCAUCUUGGAUCCUGGUAUCAACGUCAAUGAGAGUUAUGAGACAUACAACCGAGGGAUGGAAGCAGAUAUCUUCAUCAAACGAGACGGUUCGCCUUACUUAGGAUCGGUUUGGCCCGGACCCGUUUACUUCCCGGAUUUUCUGAACCCAAACACAUCGGACUUCUGGAGGAAGGAGAUCGAAACGUUUCGCUACAUUCUCCCCGUCGACGGGAUAUGGCUAGACAUGAACGAAGUGUCGAAUUUCAUCACCUCAGCGCCAACUCCCAAUUCGACCCUCGACGACCCUCCGUACAAGAUCAACAACGCAGGAAACCAGAGGCCGAUCAACAACAAGACCACUCCGGCAACUUGCCUCCACUUCGGUAACGCGACAGAGUACGACGUCCACAACAUGUACGGACUGCUGGAAGCCAGAGCGACGCAGGAGGCUUUGAUUAAGGUGACAGGGAAGCGUCCAUUCAUACUAUCUCGAUCGACAUUCGUGAGUUCCGGCAAGUACACGGCGCAUUGGACCGGUGACAUUGCUUCGACUUGGGAUGAUCUCGCCAACACGAUUCCUUCCAUUUUGAGUUCCGGGUUGUUUGGGAUUCCGAUGGUGGGUGCUGACAUAUGCGGGUUCUCGUUAAACACGACGGAAGAGCUCUGCCUGCGAUGGAUUCAGCUGGGAGCCUUCUACCCAUUCGCUAGAGAUCACUCCGAGAAGGGCUCCGUAAGCCAAGAGCUCUACCGCUGGGAAUCGGUGGCUGAAGCAGCGAGGAAGGUUUUGGAGCUCCGAUACAGGCUUUUCCCCUAUCUCUACACAUUGAUGAUGGAGGCAACAGAGAGAGGGACACCAAUUGCAAGACCACUGUUCUUCUCCUUCCCAGAGGACACCAACACUUACGCAAUCGAUCACCAGUUUUUGCUGGGCGGCGGUGUGAUGGUGACUCCAGUGGUGAAGCAAGGAGCAGUGUUUGUCGACGCGUAUUUCCCGGCAGGGGUUUGGUUCAGCCUAUUUGAUCACUCCGACGUGGUGAUCGCUGGCACCACGGGGAGGUACGUCACUCUGGAGGCGCCACUGGACAAGAUGAACGUUCACUUGAAGGACGGGUACAUCUUGCCAAUGCAAAGGGAAGCGAUGACGACCAGGGAGGCUCGUACGACGCCAUUUCAUCUGGUGGUAGCGUUGGGACUGCAGGACGGGAGAAGCAGCGGGGAGGUGUACUUGGAUGAUGGGGAGAGGGUGGAGAUGGGGGAAGAAGGUGGGGAUUGGACUAAGGUGAGGUUUCGCGGCGGCGAGGUAAAUGGUACGAAUGGAGCAUUUCUGAGGUCGGAGAUUGUGAACGGAAGGUUAAACUGGGGAUGGAUUGUAGACAGGGUGACUUUCUUGGGAUUGAAGGCAGAUCAGGUUGGCGGGAGAUGUGAGGUAUUCAUAUCCAAGGGUUCGAAUCUGGGUAGCAACUCCGCGAUGGUAAAGACUAGCCCGAACAGUGGCAACGGCAGCAGCUCGCAGUUUGCGACGGUUGAGAUAUCUCAACUGUCGAUGCUCGUGGGCGAAGAGUUCCAUCUGGAGCUCAAGUUCAAUCAGCCAUUGCAGUGAAGAUCAUGCUGACAAUACUAUUGUGCUUCUAAUAUAUAUAUAUUUUAUAGUGGUGAUCCAAUGCAUUGAAAGCAAACAAAAGGUACUGCUUCUAAUAAAUUGAAAUCAGUCAGUUAUAUAUAGUUGAAACAAGUUAAUAAAUUACCGUUCGAGGCAACGGUUCGGUUUCUUUCUUGUUCGAAUCCAGAUGGGUUUUCGCUCAUACCUUCUAUUUCCCAGCUUCUCCUCCAAAAGCGUCAGGCAUUUCAGAUACGAAGGGUUGUCCGCCUCUGAGAUGGGGCUACCAGGCAGGGGCUUCCUCGGCUGGGGGUAUGGUGCUUAUGACCUCAGACCAUGAUUUACUUUUGGCUAGGGGAUUCAGUUUCCUGACCUGGUUGAUCUUAUGGUCAUUGAAUUACUGACCCUUCGGGGGGCUAUUGGCUGGUGUUUGGGUAUGGGGUUCACGGAGGUUAGGUUUGAUGGAGAUGCCAAGGUGAUUAUUGACAAAAUUAUUUUGCGGCAGGCCAGUGAUAAUCGGGUGUGAGCUAUUCUGGAAGAAGUUUUACACUAUUUUCAUUCUCAUCCGGGGUUGGGUGUGCGGUUUGUAGGUCGGAAUAACAAUAGUGUAGCCCACAGGGUGGCUAGGAAGGCCCUUUCUUUGUCUCCGACUAUGAGUCGUGUUUUUUAUUUCCAGGCCUGGCUGUAGCGGUGUACAUGGGUCGGGUGGUUCGGGUUUAGUCAUUUUAAUCACUCGAUCCAUGCACUACGGUUUGGGAAAUAUCAAAUCCAAACCCACCCAAAAAAAAUUAAACCCUACAGUUUGUUUCUAAUUGGGUUGGGUCGGGUUGGGUUGGCGAUAUUUUUAAGUAAAAACCCAACCCAACAUAAAAUAUAUAAUUAUUCUAUAUCACAAAAAUAUUUUAUAACUAAUUAAAAUUUCAAACGAAUGAACCGAGGUGAAAGGUAUCAAAAUUCACAAAUGUUGUUUGAAUUUUAAUAAAAUGUGAUCUACUUCAACAUAUGUCUUGUUUUUCUUACAAUAUUUGUUGAAAUAGGCUAAAAAUGUUAUAAACAAACGCGUCCAUAAUAUGUUAUUCUAUUAAAAUUGUACACAAGAAAAAGGAUUACGUGAAUCAUAACUAUAUUCAAUUUAUGUCUAAACUUUAAGUCGAAGAAUGCAUUAGAUUAGGGAGACCAUGAGAGAAAAACAUGCCGAAAAAUCUUAAUUUUCUCAUAAGUAUAUGACUAUAUACGACAUAAAUAUUUUUUAGAUCCAAACUCAUACUAAUAGUUGGAACACGGGUUGGGUCGGGUUCUACGGGUUGUGUAAUCCAAACCCAACCCAAAAGAGGCGGGUUGUACAAAAGAAAACCCUCACCCAACCCAAAACCUUCGUUUUAGCGAUAAAUACGGGUGGGUUGGGUCGGGUUGGACGAGUGGGUCGGUUUGCGGGUGUGUUUGUUCACCCCUACCUGGAUGGUCUCCAAGAUGUAAUUAUCUCUUUUUUUUAUAGAUAAUUAUCUCUUCUUGAAUCAAUAUAAGAUUACCUUUUUG